CUGCAACGAGUACACCAACCCCAACUGGACCGUGUGGGGAGAGCCUAUCUUGAUCUGCGCGGAACCAUACGAGGGAGAGGUGCCUUUGAGGGACCCAGACCACAACUUCGCAGGCACCUCCUACGAGAUCUACCGGACUUGGAACCCGACCAAGGACUCGGUCCCGAAUAUGGGAGGGUUCAUCGAGCGUCAGUCCGAGAAAUACCAGGGGACCCCUGGUCAGGCGUCUUUUGUGAUCAAGGCCUACGACGAGAAGAAGACCGCCACAUUGGUCGAGAUUGCCCAGAACUUUGCCUUUUUUGACUCCUACGUAAGCCUUCAUGAUCUCUUUUGA